GGUCGAGCUGUCACGUCUCUGUUGUUUCCUUAACGGUGCUUCUUUGACGGGUAACAAGAGUAAGCUCACUGUCACUACAGCUCUAGUAGCAUUGCAUCUCUUCGCCUGUGCCACCUCCUUCCCUUUGCUGCUCUGCCACCAUGCUCUCGUUGGGUGUUAGCAGUCUUCUCUUACCAGCUGCGCUGCUAACGCUGGUCGCGGCAACAUCCACUCCAAACUUAAGAGUUGCCAUUGACGUGACUGGCCCGGAACAUCCACUAAUCACACCUUCUCCGGUCGAGUUAUCGCCCAGCCGGACACGGAAGCAUAGGCGCGACCUCCUAAGCAGCGUAGAGGGAGACAUUGGCUCUGUUUUGAGUGGGCUCGGCUCGAGCAUACCAUCUUUUGUCGCUUCUGGCAUACCCGCAUGGUUUCAGGGGCUCCCAACUGGUGACAGCGUUAAGAGCUCGCUUGGCGUCGACGAUUCGCAGCUGGCGGCUCUACCGACCCAGGCUUUGAAUAUCGAUCCAUAUGCGAACUGGACAGCGCAGGGAUGGAAUGUUCGGUUUCAUGGUAAUAUAUACAAGCAGCCCAACACGUCCAACAGCACUCUCGACAGCCUAGCGAACAAACUCUUCAUCUACGGAACAAGCGUACAGGAUCUGCCGCCAGACCAGCAAGCGCAAACCCGCAAUCUUACAUCCGAGAUCUUCGUCGUCCAGCAAGGCGAUGUCAACGUGUCAACCAUUCACCUCGAGCCGGCUUCAAGCCAAGGGAGUAGCGGAGAGGCAGGCGGUGGUGGCGCGACCACAGCAACUGGCGGCACACAAGACAUCACCCUUCCAUACCCUACCACACCAGAAGGGGACUUCGAUGUCUUCGUGCCUAUCGCCCAGAACGGUCUGAUGGCUGGUAACAGCACCCAACAAAUUCAACGCCUCAACACUUAUAUUACCAACACCACUCUCGGCAACAGCACAGCCUUCCUUGUACCAUCCCAAGGCCUCACCGUAAUAUCUGACAUCGACGAUAUCCUCCGCAUCACCAAAAUCUACGAACCAGAACAGGGCCUUCUGAACUCCUUCGCACGCCCAUUCACGCCAUGGGAGAACAUGCCAGACAUCUACGCUAACUGGUCCCGAAGCCUCCCAAACAUGCACUUCCACUAUCUGACCACCACGCCGGAACAAGUGACGAGGAACUACAUGCAGUUCAUCUACUCCAACUACCCGGGCGGAAGCUUCGACACCCGUCCACUCAAUUUCAGCGACGUCAGCGCUACGCUGAGUAUCCGCAAGUUUCUCCUGAACAAGAUUUUCGAGACGUUCCCGCAACGGAAAUUUAUUCUUGUGGCGGAUACGUCGAAUAGCGAUGUUAUGAAGGAUUAUCCGCAGAUGGUCACGGAUUUUCCUGGCCAGGUGCAGUGUAUCUUCUUGCGCAAUACGAGUGCUACGGACAGCGGCGAUAAGUUCCCAUAUACGACGGAAGGUUUCAAAGGGCUCAAUCAGUCCCAGUACAUGUUCUUCCUUAACCCGAACGAUCUGAUGGGCUUGGAUAUAGCGAAUGGGCAGUGUUACAACAGGAGCAUAGCGGAGAACCUGACCUUUGGCUAUCAAGGCCUGCCAUUCUCGAGUACGGCGGCCGUCAACGGGUCCGCAAAUGGAACGACGACAGCGAAGGGUGCUGGUGCACUCGUGAGUCACAUGAGCGUUGGCUGGCUCUUGUUUAGCAUGGCGUUGUGGUGCUUCUUGUAG